AUGUCUGGCAAAUUGAAGUGGGUGAGCACAACAAUUCUGGCUGUUCAAAGGUACAAUAAAGCUGUCAUAAUCGGGGACGGACAAGUUUCUCUUGGAAACACAGUGUUCAAAAAUAACGCUAAAAAAGUCAGAAAGAUCGGGGAUAAUGUGUUGUGCGGAUUCGCUGGAAAUGCUGCAGAUGCUCUAACUCUUGUAGACAGGCUUGAAGGACAAUUAGAAAAAUACCCAAGCCAGACUUUAAGGGCGUGUGUAAGUGUUGCUAAAGCAUGGCGCACAGAAAAAUACUUAAAACACCUUGAAGCAUCUCUUAUUGUAGUGGAUCAGAACAAUUUGAUAGAGCUAGAUGGCACUGGAAAUGUAGUAGAAGUUGAUGGAGGAGUUAUAGGAAUUGGCUCAGGCGGCCUUUUUGCUGUGUCUGCAGCUAGAGCGCUUAUAGAGUCUACAACACUAGAUGCUGAAGAAAUUGCUGAAAAAGCUAUGAAGAUUGCUGGAGAUUUAUGUAUAUUUACCAAUCACAAUACAAUAAAAGAAGUGAUUCAGUGGACAAAGACAGAAUAA